CUCGUGAAAGAACGGCUGCAUUGUAGGCGAGCGUCACCGAAUUUAGUGUUGCUUCGUGUAGCAACAGUAGCUUGUUCUCACUACUAAAAUUAGUGACCUAGAUUUUCACUAGCGAUGCGGUUAAAUGUUACGGGCGGGUGUGUAGAGGUAUCUCCCGUCUUCAUGUCAAGAAAAGAAAAGUCCUGGAGCUAACUCGCGGUUUACGGGGGCGUUCAGCCUGCAGCAGAACUUCUGCAAGGACUUUGUUCAGAGUUUAAAUUCACGCUAAAAUCGCCAAAAUGGAGAUUCACGAAGGAGCAGCAGCGACAGGCGACAGCGUGCUCGACUUCUCCCGUCUGAAUCUGAACACAUUCAGUGCUGACAGUGUGAGCGACGAGAGGAAAAGGGACACCAGACAGCUCUACCUGAACUACAACCGACUGAACUCGUUGCCUGCGUCGGUCAGCCUGUUCUGCAACCUCGAGUUUUUGGACAUUAGCAACAACGGACUGUCGGCCAUCUGUGAGAGCAUUACGCGACUGACCAGGCUGAGGACACUCAUCGCCAAGAACAACCGCCUGGACGAGUUUUCGCUGCCCAAAGAGUUCGGCUCUCUGCAGCUGGAGGUGUUGAACUUUAGUGGGAACCGAUUUGAGGAGAUCCCGCUCCAGUGUAUGAAACUGCUGCGUCUGCAGUCGCUUUCACUCGGCGGAAACAGACUGAAAAGUAUACCUGCAGAGAUAGAAAACCUAACCAGUUUGGAGCUGUUGUAUCUGGGUGGAAAUCACAUCACAGCCAUUCCUCCUGAAGUGGCUAACCUGCCCUACCUCAGCUACCUGGUCCUAUGUGACAACCGCAUCCAAAGUGUCCCCCCACAGCUCACCAGGCUCCACUCGCUGCGAUCUUUGAGUCUCCACAACAACUUGCUCACUUUCCUACCGAGGGAGAUCCUCAGCCUGGUGCACCUGCAAGAGCUCAGUCUCCGUGGCAACCCGCUGGUGGUGCGCUUCGUCAAGGAGAUGACCUACGACCCCCCGUCACUGCUAGAGUUGGCAGGACGUACAGUCAAGAGCCGAAAUAUUCCCUACUCCCCCCACGACCUGCCGUCAAACCUGCUGCGCUACCUAGACCUGGCCAGCAAGUGCCCCAACCCCAAGUGUGCCGGCGUCUACUUUGACUCAUGUGUGCGCCAGAUCAAAUUUGUAGACUUCUGCGGAAAGUACCGGCUGCCCCUCAUGCACUACCUGUGCUCCCCAGAGUGCACCUCUCCCUGCAGCUCCAACCCCCAGAGUGACGCAGAGUCUGAGGAUGAGAGUAGCGUGCCCGCAUACCGCCUGCAGAGGGUGCUUCUGGGAUAGUACAACACGGAGGAGCCUGUGACCCUCUGGAGAAGCCUCGUCAGUGUGUCACUGUUUUUAGCAUUUAUACAGAGAUGAACUUGGCUUUCAGACUUGACCACACACAAACACACAUACAUCUCUCACACACACAGUGAUAGUGUUUAACAGUCAGCCUCCUACUGGUGUCCUGAAAAGACUUCUACUCCAUUUAAUGGAACUUUUCAGACAGGAAUCUGUUCCCUUUCUAACAUUGCAUAAUAUGAGUCAACAAAACUACAUAGUUCCCAUGCAGCCAUGCAAAUCCACAGUAUGUCAGUCGUGACUCCAUCAAAGUGCUGGUCUCAUGGUCGAGCAUGGGAGGGCAGUAAAACUCAGUGAAGGCUGAAGGAGCGGCAGGGUUCUUUGCCCUUUCAGGGCAGCAUAACUUUCAUAUGACACUUGGUGCUUUUUUUUGUAGCAACAGCACAUUAUUCUGCAUUUUCUGAAAGUUUUGACAUGACUUGUUUGACAUAUUUUGUUGUCAAGCUACUGCUCACACACGGCCAGCUUUUGUUUAAAUUUCUCAUGCCAAGUGAGCAUCAAAGCUGCUAUGCCAAUAAGGAAAACAGUCUAGGACUUUAUAAAACGUCCGCAGAAACUACAGUACACUAAACUGAUUGAGUAUGAUGAGUGAGAUGGCCUUAUAUGCACUGUGUGUGGUCCUGUUGGGUAAAGUUUUGUGCAAGUACACUGUCCCACACAGUAGUAAAAGAUCAAGGCUUAUCUGUUUUUGUAAGAGAGGUCCAGCUGCAGAGCUCCAGGCUCGGGCCCACUUCCUCCAUCGGAUCUUUUCCAGCCCUAGGCGUGGAGAAGGAAGUCUGAAAUCAUGUAUGCCUACCAGAGACAGUCUUCAGGAUAUGAUAGCAUGUGUUCAUUAGUUUGAAUAAGACACACACACUUAACAAUACAGCCUAAUAUUUAGUUAUUAAACUAUAACUUUAAAAGUUAGAUAAUAAAACGUUAAGCAACAAAUACUAACCUUAUGAGUUGCUAUCAUUUGCUAGCUAUGUUAAUGUUGUUAGCAAAGUAGCGGCAGCUGAAACAGACUUAAUACAAUGUAUUAAAUAUAUGCUAUGUAAGGUAUUAUACUUAUUAACAGAACACUGCAAUAUAAUACAGUGGCAUGUAAACAUUAUUUACUGAUAAGGAAGCGCAAUAAACAAACAUGAUUUUCCACCAUGGGUCCGGGCAAUGUAGAUGGUCCCAGCACUGGAGGUGGGCCUGAGCCUGGAGCUCUGCAGUGGGACACUAUCGGUUUUUGUCAGCAGCAUAGUCACUGCACAUC